AUUCUUCCUGAUGAAAACAAAAUUGAAAAUGUCGAUCAUGAUCAUAAAACAUCUGUGUUUGCUUCAUAUAGGAUGAUACAACUUAUGGAUCGGUUAUAAUUAUACUAGCCUUAUGCCUGGUACAUGAAGAAACUGCACAUGUCAAAAUAGAUGCUUAAUACUCAGUUAAUACUCUAGUCAGCAUAUUCUAAUAAAACAGCAGCCCGUGCAUAUUAGUCUACAUUGUUUGAUAAUACUUUAUGACAUGGGUAAUCUUUUUUUAAUCCGUGUUUCAUAAAUCCAGUCAAAUUACGCAUGGUAAGCACAAUACAACAUAUGUGAAAAUGUGCAUUAACAAAAUUGAAUACUAAUUCAUACAGGAUGUGCAAGAAAAUGUUGCAACAAAUUGUACUGACAACAGGUUACCAAAGAUUGACAUGACAUUUUUAUCGGAAGAGGAGGCCUACUCAUUUUAUAACAAAUAUGCAAAAGCUACUGGUUUUAGCAUCCGAAGAGGGAGUCACCAUAAAGUGAAGAAUACUACUGUAAUACAACAACGGACAUUUACGUGCUCUUGUCAAGGAUUCCGUGCUGAAGAUAGCAGAGAGGAUUCUUUCAGUUACAGUAGGCCCGAAACACGAUGUGGUUGUCAAGCCCAUAUGAAGAUAAGUCUCAAAAAUGGAUUAUAUUAUGUGUACGAAUUUGAGGCAGCACAUAACUAUCCUCUUGCUACUGGAGACAUGGCCCUAUACUUAAGAUCCCAAAGGAAAGUCACAGAAGCACAAAUAGCAAACGCUGAAGUCGCAAAGUCUGUGGGCAUUUCAAAUAAAGCAACUAUAGAUCUUAUGGCCAAAGAAGCAUGUGGACUUCCAAAUCUUGGGUUUGCACCCGAAGAUAUGAAAAAUCGUUUGUACUCUAAGAGAACACUGCAAGCAAAGAAAGGAGACACAGGGGGGUGUUAGAAUACAUGGAGAAGAAGGUAAAAGAAGAUGCCAAUUUUUUCUAUUCAAUUCAAGUUGAUGAGGAUGAUCUGAUAACUAAUAUUUUCCGGGCUGAUUCGAAAAUGAUAUCAGACUAUGCAAUGUUUGGUGAUGUUAUAUGCUUUGACACCACAUAUAGGAAACUAGAUGAUGGGCGUCCCUUUGGUUUGAUUGUUGGGGUGAAUAAUCACAAGAAAACCAUGGUCUUUGGUGCUACACUUCUCUAUGAUGAAACUGCUGAAAGUUUUGGUUGGCUUUUUAGAACAUUUCUAACAGCUAUGUCUGGGAAACAUCGAAGGACUAUUCUGACCGAUGAAGAUGCAGCAAUGGCCAAGGCAAUCAGUAAAGUCCUUCCUCAGUCUCACCAUAGACUUUGUGUGUGGCAUAUGAAUCAAAAUGCUUGCAAGCACCUUGCUGGGGUUGUUGAAGAAUAUAAGAAGUUCAAUGCCGAUUUCCAGCAUUGCAUCUAUGAUAUUGAGGAAGAAGACGAUUUUAUAAAUGAAUGGAAUAGAAUGCUAGACAGGUAUGGACUCCGUGACAAUAUGUGGCUGCAAAGGCUGUUUGAGAAAAGGGAGCAAUGGGCACUAGUGUAUGGCAGAAAUACAUUCUCAGCCCACAUGAGCACUACCCAAAGAAGUGAAAGCAUGAAUAAUGAACUAAAGCGGUACAUUAGUAUUAAAUAUGACAUGCUUAUUUUUUUUGAGCAUUUUGAGCGUCUAGUUGCAGAUAAAAGAUUUGUAGAGGUGAAGUGUGACUUCAAGGCGUCACAAACUACUCCCAAGCUGAAGGCAGAAGUUAGCUAUGUGUUAAGGCAAGCCGCAACUACAUAUACUCCCGCAAUAUUCAAGAUGUUUCAGGAGCAAGUGCUUCGGACCCUGAACUAUGACAUAUUUCUUUGUGAUUCAAGUGAUAAAGAGAAGAAGGUUUACACAGUAAAAUUUCAUGGAACGCAGCGCGAGCAUGUUAUCAGUUUUUAUCCAAAUGAAGAAAAGGUCAAUUGCAGUUGCAAGAAGUUUGAAUUUGCUGGAAUCCUCUGCUCUCAUUGCUUAAAGAUACUUGAUAUUAAUAAUAUCAAGCAUAUCCCUGAACAAUAUAUACUGAAAAGAUGGACAAUUGAUGCGAAAGUGCUAGAGAUAACAAGCAAUCGCAAUCUGCAUGAAGAUCUAAAAGCAAGAAUGUCGAACUUUUACAAGGACUUGUGUAGAAUGUUUAUCCACAUAGCUGCUCGCGCCGCAGAGUCCGAUGAAACAUAUGAUAUGGCUGCUAAAUGUGCAGAGCAGCUAGCACGAGAUGUAGAGCAAAGCUUGAAAAUUAGAGUUGAUCCAGACCCAAAUCCAGAUUUGGGUGACUCCUCUGUUUCGCAAGGUCUGAACAUCGACUCUACUAGAGUUUCAAAGCAUAACGAGGGGCUUCACAUGCCAAGAGGUAUGAAGGUCAAGGAGAAGACUGUACGAGGAUCAGCGAGACCCAUUGGUGGCUUGGAGAAAGCAAAAACAACGAAGAAAAAGAAGAUAGAUGAUUCUUUACAACUACAACCUGAAAUGCCUUUCACAAAUCAAAUGCCUACGUAUAACCCAAUCUUAAUGGGUCAAUUCAGAGAAAAUAUUGUACCAGGAUCAGCAAGACCCGCUGAUGGCUUGGAGAAAGCAAAAACAAAGAAGAAAAAGAAGACAGUCAAUUCUUUACAAGAAGGACCUGAAAUACCUUUGACAAACCAAAUGCCUGGGUAUUUACCACAGUACAAUCCAACCCAAAUGGUUCAACUGGGAGCUCCGCCAAGUCAUGCUUACCCCUAUUUAGCACAUUACAACUCAAGUCUGCAACAAUCCAUUGGUCUGUCGACCCCUACGAUGAUGCCAGGACAAAAUAUAUUAUUCUUCCAACAACAGACUCCUACCAGUGGUACUUCUACCCCUAUGAUAAUGGCAGGACAGAAUCUACCAUUCUUCCAACAACAGAAUCCUACCAUUGGUACCUGUAGCCCUACGAUGAUGCCAGGACAGAAUCUAUCAUUCUUUUAACAGCAGACUCCUACCAGUGGUACUUCUACCCCUAUGAUGAUGCCCGGACAGAAUCUGUCAUUUCUCCA